AUGGCGUCGACGGCAGCGACAAUGAUGACGGCUACCCCGAGCUCCAGCCUGCCCCGCAUACAGGUCCAUCUGCCCGCCGACCUCAUCCCUGACCGCCUCGUCCUCGGUCUAAAUCAGAUCACCGCUCAGCAAGUGCGCCAGGCCACCAUCCGCAUCUCGAACCGCGGGCCUAUCCCCGCCCAGGGCAUCGUCCCUCCUGCCGCUCAGCCCUCACCCUCCUCAUCCUCGACCUCAGCCCCGUCCUCGAGCCAAACCCCUCGUCCCGUCCCGCUCUGGUGCUGGAACGUCGUCUUUCUCCCAGACACGGCCAUCAAUGUCAAAUCGUGGAGUACAUCCACCUCGUCGUCAAACUUUGCACCUCUCCAAGACCGCAACGCCUCAAGCGGAUUCGUGCAGGAACCCUUCAUCAUCAGCGUCAGAUACCACCCGGACCGACCCUCGAGCGCAUUCCGCGCGCUGGGCCACAUCCUCGCUACGACGAGGUGCAUUGCCACCACGGCCAUCGCUUCGGACUUAAACAGCGACGUAGACGACGGCGGAGACGACCUCGGCCAUGGCCACGACCACGCCCCGCUCCACCCUAACCUCUUUGCCCAGCAUCCGAUUGACGACCCUACACCGCGUCGCUGGCACAUCUCCCCCUCGCUCGCAAACGCGCGCCUCAAUUACACCGAGACGGCCAACUUCACCACCGUCGGCACCAUGAUCGACUGCAGCCGCAACGGCGUCCUCAACGUCGCGAGCGUCAAGUUCCUCUGCCGCACCCUGGCCUGCAUGGGCUACAACAUGCUCCAGCUCUAUACCGAGGACACCUACAAGAUCCCCGACGAGCCCUUCUUUGGCUACCUGCGCGGCGGCUACUCGGACGACGAGCUGCGCAGCAUCGACGACUACGCCCAUAACCUCGGCAUCGAGGUCAUCCCCUGCAUCCAGACGCUCGGCCACCUCGGCCAGAUGCUCCAGUGGCCCCGCUUCCUCUCGCUCCGCGACACGGCCGAGGUGCUGCUGGCCGAAUGGCCCGAGACGUACGCCAUGCUCGAAAAGAUGAUUGCCGCCGCCACAGCCCCCUUUCGCAGCAGAAAGAUCCACCUGGGCAUGGACGAGACCCACGGCCUGGCCCACGGCCGCUACUACUCGAUCUUUGGCCACGCCAACGGCAAGGACGGCUCCCGCGUCUUUGCCGAGCACCUCCAGCGCGUCGACGCCAUCUGCCGCCGCAUGGCACUCGAGCCCAUGAUCUGGAGCGACAUGCUCUUCUGCCUCAGCUCGCGCAACAACAGCCUCACGGGAUACUACGACUCGGCCAAGCCCGCCGAUGCCAGCGUCGAGGGGAUACCGGACGGCGUCGACCUCGUCUACUGGGACUAUUACCACACUUCGCAGCGCAGCUACGCCAGCCGGAUCGAGGGCCACCGCGAGCUGCGUGGGUCGAGUCCGUGGACGGCGGCGGGCAGCUGGACCUGGUCGCGCUUCUGGACGGCGCUGCCCUUUACGUUUGUCACCUGCCGCGCCAACCUCAACGCGUCCAAGCAGGCGGGCGCCGGUGUCGACCACGUCUUUCUCACCACCUGGGGCGACGAGGGUAACGAGGUGGACCUGUGGUCGUCGCUGCCGGCAUGGUCCUACUACGCCGACCACGCCUAUACGCCCGACGACGAGGUCGACGUCGAGCUGCUCAAGGCGCGCUUCGAUGCCGUCGUCGGCGGCCAGUUUGACGACUUUGUCCUCGGCUCCAAGCUCGACGAGCACUCGGACGACGAGACGACGCACCCGGUCGACGACCGCAUCCAUUUUGCGCCCAACACGAGCAAGUGGCUGCUGUGGAGCGACCCCGUGGCGAGCUUUGUCGAGCCCAGCGCGGCGGCCGCCGGCCUCGACCUCGAGCGGCACUAUGCGUGGCUCGAGGAGGCGCUGCGCGAGAGACUCGAGGGGACCGUCGUCGAGACCGACGACCGCGAAGACCGGAGCGACGACCGGAGCCGGAGCACUGACGACGGCGAUGAGGGCGACGACACCAUGUCGGACAGCUCGGCCGGCGCGCCAAGCUACCUGACGCGGACGCUUUCGGACCACCCCUUCAACGCGCGGCUGAUGCUGCCGCUGCUCCUCUCGCGCGUCCUGUCGCUCAAGGCGACGCUGCGCACGCGCCUGCACCGCGCCUACGUGGCGCACGACUGGCCGACGCUGGGCCACCUUGCGAAACGCACGCGGGCGUGCCUGGAGGCGACCAGGCGGCUGUGGCGAUACCAUCGACAGGUGUGGAUGAGCCUGUACAAGCCGCAGGGGUGGGAGACGCUCGAGCUGCGGUACGGCGGGCUGGUGGCGCGCCUCGACACGCUGACGACGCGCGUCGAGGCGUUUCUGCGGUUCCUCGACGCGGGCGGCGAGGUGGGUCGGCCGCCGUCGAGCGGCGGAGAUGAGACCGACGCAGCAGCCGGGCCGAGGACCGACGUCUUCCUCGUCGACCCUGCCGCCCAUGCAGACGGCCAAGGGCAUGGGCAUGGGGCAGGAGAAGCGGCGGCUGAGCAGGUCGUGUAUUGCCUGCCGGAGCUCGAAGAGGACCUCAAGAUUGUCUAUGGCAGCGCCGAGCAGCUGCUCGAUUAUCAUCGCGUCAGUAGACCGACCUACUGCUAG